GCAAAAUAAGUAUAAUUUUUCUUCAUUUGUCAACAAUUCAGAGGUUUAACAUAGGAAAUUAAACUAUUUACAAAUACAAUAUGUUGUAUUUGGAGGACUAUUUAGAAAUGAUUGAGCAUCUGCCGCAGGAGCUACGAGACCGUUUCACAGAGAUGCGUGAAUUAGAUCUUGCUGUACAGAACGACAUGGACUCGCUGGAUAAGAAGUCACGUCUGUUCUUUCAACAGUGCAAACGCGGUGAGGUGCAGCAUGAUUACAUUUUCACUGAAUUUCGCAGCCUGCGCGGCAAUUAUUUCAAAGUUAUGGAGGAUGCCGAUGAAAAAGUCGCCAUUGCCACCCAAAUACAUGAGCUCGUCGAGCGGUAUCUGCGUAGACUGGACAGCGAGCUGUUCAAGUUCAAGUGCGAGCUAGAGGCAGACAACAAUGGCAUUACUGAAAUAUUGGAAAAGCGUUCGCUUGAAUUGGACGGCAACAAUUCAACAGCUGCCACGGCCCUGCUGCUGAGUAUUAAUCAAAAGGAAAAUCGUUAUUAUAACACAAGCAGCGCUGUCAACAGCAAUUUAAUAUCUGGCAACAUCAACAGUGCCGCUGGUAUUAUCACCAGCACGGGCAGCACCAGUGGUAACCUGGUUGUCAACAGCUCCGCGCUCAAUAGUCUGUCCGGCAACAGUACGGCAACUGGUGGUCAUCAGCGGCAUCGCAAGUUGGAGAAGCGUCGUGAAACGAUUUGCACAGUGCCCGUGCAGGAGAAGCGCGCUAAUCUCAAUCAAUCGCUGCCUGUGGCCCCUGGCAGCAAUAGUGGCAGUAGCAUCGUUAAUCCCGUUAGUGGCAACCAUGUAAAUACACUCACCACACAUGCCACUCUGCCUGUGGCUCCGAGCAGUGCCAGCGUCAACAACACAGCUGUCGCUAGCGCUGUGGCCGCUAACAUUGUGCGUCAGCUGCCUACGAAUCUCACCGCUCAUAGCGUGCUCAGCACUAACAGCAAUAAUGCAGCUGUAGCGGCGGCAGCAGCGGCAGCAGCAGCAGCUGCUGCAAACAAUUCCGUAAACGUUGGCCCAGUGACAGGCACUGGCACUGGCGCAAGCAUUGCUGCCAGCCAUGGUAACACCACGGUUAGCUAUAAUCUACAUCAGUUUGGUGGUGGUGGCGCUGCCUCCAGUGCCAUUGCGGCUGCCGCAAGCCAGGCGAUUGUUGCCACUCAACAAAUGCCACAAGGAAGACGCACUGCCAGCUUGAAGGCUAGCUAUGAGGCCAUUCAUGGUGCAGGCGUGGCUGGCAGUACAGAGUUCUGGUCAGCAGCAGCGGCACAUAAUAGCAGCAUCCAACCAGCGACUGGAACGUUGGCUACUAGCGUGCAGCAUCAUCCACCCCAACAACCACAACCACAACAACAACAGCAACAACAGCAACAACCACCACCACAGCAGCAGCAGCAUCAACAUCAGCAUCAUCAUGAAAAGAAGCAUAAGAAAAAAUUGAAUACUAGCAUUUCAGUACCAGGUGGGCUGCCCUACAAAUUUUGGGAUGGCUCAUCAUCGGGCAAUUCGAUUGCAUCGUCAUCAUCAUCGAUAAGUGUUGACUCGGUAGACAUGCUUUCAACUGCUUCCGCCACUCCCAUACAGCAUGCCAGUCUUAGCCAGGGCACACUUGCCAUCAAUCCACCAACGAAUCAAUUGGCAACUAACCACACAACAGCUGCUGUAGUAGCCACUGCAGCUCCUGUUACUCUGCCUACUGUUAACAACGUAACGGCAACGGCCAUUGGGCUACCCAGCGCUGCGCUGGCUCCGGGCGCUAAUCUGACCAUUAGCGAGGCCGGUUUGGUAGUCGAGCAAACCAAUGAAGGCGAAUGGUCCUAUGAUCCCAACGAGCCGCGCUACUGCACCUGUAAUCAGGUCUCUUACGGUGACAUGGUUGCUUGCGAUAAUGAUGCUUGCCCCUACGAAUGGUUCCAUUAUCCAUGCGUCGGCAUCACACAGCCGCCCAAAGGCAAGUGGUAUUGUCCCAAGUGCACCGCUUCCAUGCGGCGUCGUGGCAACCGGAAGAACUGAGCUCCAAUUAGAGGUGAACUUGUUAGAGGAGAUUUAACUUACUUAUCAUAGAUCCGUUAUAUAAUAUAUUCUAAUAUUAGAUGCCUGAAAGUAAUAAAUAAUUGAUCAGCGGA